AUGGAUGAAUUGUUGGAAGAGGGUAUUGCAGCGGUAAGACAGCUGCAGCCAAAGCAGGAUUAUUUCGCCGAGUAUUAUUGCUGGCCACUUCUCACUAUUGGAAUGAAUUUGCAGCAUCAGCCCGACCGAGACAUGCUGAUGAGCCAGGUCCGUGCGUUUUGGAUCGCAACCAACAACGGCACGAUGAGACAGCUAGCUGAUAAGCUACUCGUUUGCUGGGGAUAA